AUGGUACCUGAAGAUAUACCCUCGGAGGUUACCUUGGGUGAAAUCUCAGACGAGGACGACAGAAACAUCGUUACUUGGGAUGGACCAGAUGAUCCUCAAAAUCCCAUGAACUGGCCUGAUUCUCGAAAAUGGAUCAAUCUGGUCUUGAUGUCUCUUUUAACUAUCAUUUCCCCACUGGGCUCGUCCAUGUUCGCCCCUGGAAUUCCCAGAAUCAUGGCAGAGUUCGAUAACAACGAUUCCCUCAUCGCAACAUUCAUCACCUCCGUAUACUUCCUCGGCUUCGCCUUUGGACCUCUAGUGGUUGCUCCUUUGAGCGAGCUUUAUGGCCGUGUCUACAUCUACCACAUUAGCAACGUUUUAUUUGUUUCUUUUUGUGUGGGCGCUGCUUUGAGCACUAGCAUCGAUAUGCUCCUAGCAUUUCGCUUUUUGAUGGGCGUCGUUGGUUCUGUCCCGACUACAAUUGGAGUUGGAAGCAUUGUCGAUGUCAUGCCGAUUGAGAAACGCGGACGAUCAAUCUCGCUUUGGGCCUUAGGUCCUCUUCUCGGCCCAUCUAUCGGGCCUGUGGCGGGAGGUUACUUGAUCCAGGCUGCAGGUUGGCGCUGGGUUUACUGGCUACUUGCCAUCUUGGGUGGUGUUUGCAGCAUUCUGGCGCUAUUGAUCAUGCGGGAAACCUAUGCCCCGGUUUUAAUAGAGCGCAAAGCGCGGCGCCUACGCAAGGAAACCGGGAAUCAGGCCCUGCGUACCAAGGCCGAUCGAGAUGGAAAGAAAGGUAUCCAGAGAGCAGUAAUCCGGCCCUUCAAGUUUCUCUUCAUGACGCCUUUGGUGUCAAUAAUUGCCGCCUAUGUCGGAAUUUCCUACGGAAUACUCUACCUGCUUAUCGCAACGUUCUCUUUUGUCUACACCGACCAGUAUCACUUCAGCGAAGGUGAUGCUGGCCUGGCGUUCCUUCCAGCUGGGCUUGGAAUGAUGAUUGGCGUCUUGACUUUCGGCAACGUCCAGGACUAUCUUGUCAAGAAAGCAAAGGAGGGAAUGAAGCCAGGCGAGAAGUACCGGCCAGAAGUCAAGAUCACCCCCUGGUUGACAAUUCCGACGGGCCUCAUGAUACCGAUCGGGCUCUUCAUCUAUGGGUGGACGACCGAGUACAAGGUCCACUGGAUUGUUCCUAUGAUAGGCGUUGUCAUUCUGUCAGGUGGACUCACUGGGGUCACUAUGUGUGUCCAAAAUUACCAGAUCGACUCGUAUGAAAGAUAUGCGGCGUCAGGUUCCGCAGCAGUCACACUGUCUCGAUCUCUGAUUGGAGCCCUAAUGCCGUUGGGAGGUUUGAAAAUGUACGAUGCUUUGGGAUUGGGAUGGGGAAACAGUCUUCUGGCUUUCAUGUCUUUGGCGCUGAUACCGGUGCCUGUUGGAUUAUAUUUCUACGGAGGCACGAUUAGGAAGAGGUUCGAUCCUGUGCUUUGA